CUGACCUCCAGCUGCACCCAGCGCGUGAUUGUGUUCAAGAUGAGUGAGCGGAGCAGUGUCCUGGAGCGCUUCAAGAGAAGACUGGAGCGACUGAGAGCUCAUCAUAAUCGAUGCGCAGCCUUUACAGUGCAGUCAAAAGAUAUGGAAGAUGAGGAGCCACAGAGUGAUUCCUUUGAAUCUGAAGUAUCCAGCUGUUCUGGAUUAGAUCCAGAUUACAAUCCAGAUUCCAAGAUUGCAUCAUCAUGCAGUGAAGAUUUGAGUCCAGUCAAAGAUGCAUCAUAUAAGAGUCUGUCCAGUGAAGAGGAACUUGAAGGACCAGACAGAAGUCUGAGUGAUGAAGAUCAGAUAAGAGGUAAAUGCACCAUUAAAGAACAAAACAAACCCAUAACUUAUGUGAAAAGACACAAGAAACACCACAAGAAAACCAAAGCAAAUAAAGACAAAUCAGCUGUGACUCUAAAAACGUGUACUAAAAGGGAAGACCGUAAACGAGCAUGGGACAAAAAACAUUAUUGCCUUUAUUGUAGCCAGGCACACUCAAAGAUUUCAAGGCAUUUGGAGAGAAAGCAUAUAGAAGUCAAAGAUGUGGCAUAUGCCUUCAGCUUUCCAUUAAGAUCGAAAGAAAGAAAGACACUUCUGGAACAGCUGCGCAAUAAAGGAGACUUUAAACAUAAUGCAGAAGUUCUGGAGAAAGGCAGAGGACAAAUAGUUACAUGGAAGCAGCCCUCUGAAAAAGCUUCUGUAAAGGAUUACUUGCCUUGCCCAUAUUGUUUCGGUAUGUUCAGGAAAAAGGACCUGUGGAGACAUCAGUCCUCAUGCAAAACCAAGAAGUCAUGCGUGAAAAGUGAGACAAAAAGUACACGAGGGAGAGUACAGAGUCGUGCUGCAUGCCUGCUUCCAAUAUCAGCCUCCUCCGAUGGAUGUCAGUCGAUCAUCAACAACAUGCGACAGGACGAUGUGUCAUUUCACAUCAGAAGGGAUUCUCUGAUUUGCAAGUAUGGUGAAUCGUUAUAUGCAAAACAUGGCCGCGUGAAGUCGAGGCACCAGUACAUUGCUCAAAGAAUGCGGGAGCUUGGCCGGUUCAUGUUAGUUGCUAAAGAUAUGGACAAGACUGUCAACGCUCUAGAAGAUUUGUGUGUACCAUCCAGAUUUCAGCUCGUUGUCAAUAUUGCCAAGCGUCUUACACAGUUCAGUCCAGGCAAAAAUGAAUAUGGAAAGCCUUCAACAGCAGUCAAAAUUGGAUUCUGCCUUAAAGGGGCUGUGGAGGUCAUGAUUGGACAGGCUCUUAUGAAUGACGAUGAUCUGGCAGAGAAGAAAGCAAAAAAAUUCUAUGAACUCUUGGAAAAAAACUGGAGGAACAGUGUUUCUAUCUCCGCUCACCAAACCAUACAAGAAAACAAAUGGAAUAAAGAAGAUGACAUCCCCCUCACCAAAAAUGUGAUUGCUCUGAGAGACCAUCUCAGGCUGGUGGAAGACAAAGCAAGAGAGGAACUGACUCCACAAAUGAGUUUAAGAGCAUACAAGGCAUUAAACGAGACUGUUCUGGCACAGAAAAGGAGCUGA